UACCACUCACUACUCUCAAGUUCCUCAAAUCAAGUGCUUACAAAUCCAUUUCAAACUCCUUUUUUCUUCAAUCAUCAUAGUCGAGAGAGAUGGCUUACUCUGCCAUGACUAAGCUUGCUUUGGUGGUGGCCUUGUGCAUGGUUGUGAGCGUGCCCAUUGCUCAAGCCAUAACAUGUGGCCAAGUGUCCAGCAACCUUGCACCAUGCAUACCCUACGUGAUCGGCGGUGGAGCUGUGCCUCCAGCUUGCUGCAACGGCAUCAGGAACGUCGACAACUUGGCAAAUACCACCGCUGACCGGCAGGCCGCUUGCAACUGCCUGAAACAGCUUUCCGGCAGCAUCCCCGGAGUCAACCCUAACAAUGCCGCAUCGCUUCCGGGCAAGUGUGGAGUUAAUAUUCCUUACAAUAUUAGCUCCUCUACCAACUGCGCCACCGUGAAGUGAGCUUGACGCAGAUAAUAUCAGAGAGUGAGAAUAAAAAUGUGGCUAUGUGAUCCACUAGGGAUUCCUCGUGACGGAAUCGUUAAGUUAUUCUAUGUAAUCUUUAUCUUUGUAUAACUAAUAAUAUUUAUGUUUAAGUUA